CGUUGGAAGGAGCGUGCGGGGGAUCUGCAGUGGCUUUGCAGCUACCGGCGAGCGAGCGGCGGCUUGGCUCGUUUCGUUCUGACGCGGGUGCGGAUCCUCCCUGUUGCUUCGCCCCGGGCAACUGUGAUGGUACAGGGUACUGGUGAUCAGCGUGAAUCAUUGGCACCUGCACUUGAAGAUAUUUGCCUCGACCCAUAUUACGUCUCUGCAGUCUUUUGUCUAAUUGCUUAGAGUUUUCAUUAUGCUGUUUUUAAAAACUCAUUGAUAAAAGCAUAGACAAAAUGUCUUGGGUACAGUCUGCAGUGAACCAGAUGAACGAUGAGGUGUUUGAUGAAGAUGCAGACGAGAUGGGCAUAGCACAGAAAGAAUGGAAAAGCACCAUGGAGAAACGAGUCAAAGAAGGCUAUCGAGAAGGAGUUGAAGCUGGGAAACAGCUGACACUUCAGCAGGGUUUUAAUCAGGGGUAUGGAGAAGCAGCAAAGAUUAUGUUCUCCUGUGGUCAACUCAAAGGGAGCCUAAGUGCUCUUUUGUCUUGGUGUUACAACAACCAGUGUGAUUCUUCAGCGCUGAACAAAGUUACGGAUUUGCUGAACAAAACAGAAAAAUAUGAAGAGGAUACAAUAAAAGAUCUUAGCGGUCGCCACCCACAACAACCCUCUUUUGCGGACUUACUGGAUACUGUUGAGGACAUGGAGCUUGGUCAUGCACUUUCCUCGGAGGAGCAGUGUAAUGGAAUUAGGGAACAAGUCAGUGAAAAUGGCGCACAGUUUUGUGGACAGAGUUGCACAAAUAGUGGGACUAAUUCCUUCCAAAGCAAAUGCUGCAGGAGGCCAGAAGAACACAAAGAUUCUGAGCGGCCAACUCUUGCUGGGCUGAAAGAACAGACUGUUGCUUUAAUGGAGCAAUUGGGCUUGUCUCCAAGCACAUUUGAAUACCUCUAGAAGUUGCAAAGUUGACUUAUUGCCAAAAAUAGGAUUCCUUUAUGGAGAAUAAAGAGCAAUAUUUUACAGCAACUUCUGCUGCAAUCCUUUGCCCCGGGAUGGAUAAAGUCUAAAUUGUGUGAAGUCAAGUGCUAAGAUCUAAGAGAACAAACUUGGUUGCUAUACGCAACCUUUGUCAGAUGCAUCUGGUGGGGAGGACUGUGGUUAUCGAAGGCUUGUGCUGCAGUGGAAUUGGAUAGUCUAGGUGCUGCUGCUGAACUCUUUUUGAUUUUGCUACUACAGACUAACAUGGAAAACUCCUUUGAACCUUUACACAAGCAAACUGAUCCCCACACCAAAAGGAGCUGUCUGCAUCUCCAUAUCAAAGGAGUUGUUUACAUCCCCCCUCUCCUCCUCCCCCUUCCCCCCCUCUCCUCCUCUAUAUUUGACCAGUUUCCUUCUGCCCUCCAUGCAUCUGACGAAGAGAACGUGAUUCUCGAAAGCUUAUGCUACAAUAAAAUUGGUUAGUCUUAAAGGUGCUACUGGACUCUUUUUG